GAUUUUACAUAAAUUUAAGCAUCCUGACUGCCUGAUAUUCUCGAUUCUCUCCGUCUUUUAGAGAAACUGGAGACACUAUACCUAGGAGCAGAACAAACCAUCAAUGACCAGAUCAUGAUUUUCUCGGGGGAUAUUUUUCCUCCUAAUCUCAAGGAAUUGAAAUUAACAUGUACUUUUAUACCAUGGGAAGCUAUGAAUUUGCUGGCUAAUUUACCCAAUCUUGAGUCGUUUAUGGGGGUUGAUGCAUUUGAUGGAACAGACUGGACACUAAAUGAAGAUAUUGGCGUUUCCCAAAUUAAAAUAUCUUCAAAUUUUGUUCGGAUGUCUGGCAAGGUGGGAAGUAGGUAGUAAUAAUUUUCCGAUGCUUGAGCAACUAUUACUGGAUGGGUUGUAUGAACUGGAGAAGAUUCCUGAGAGCAUUGGAGAUAUAAUGACAAUAAAAUUGAUCAAAAUAGAUCGUUGUGGCUCUGGUGUGGAGACUAGUGCAAAGAAAAUUCAACAAGAGCAACAAAGCCAGGGAAAUGAUGAGCUUCAAGUUCAAAUUAUUAGUAACAAGAGUGUGUAGAAGGGUUUCGAGCUAAAGUUGGAAAAUCUGCUGGUGGUAACACUGAGUAAAUGAGAUUGCAUUUUGAAUCUUUCAUCCUAAAAGGUGUUCUGGAGAGUUUAUGGUUGUAUUGUUUUUCUUCUUCGUAAUCAGAUUCGUAUUGGAGGUUGUAAUAGUUAGAUUCCCAUAAUGUUUGAACAUUUUGGAUACUUGAUUUGCUUGAGUCUAUUACCUUUAGGGAAGUUGAACAAGGACUCAAUUGUAUAGCUAUGUAUAACUAAUGAGUUGACGGCCAAAAACACAUCUUAACUAUCUCACUUUAUUGAGUUUCAUACCUGAACUGUUGAAAGUGUAAGUUUCCUUUCUA